GACGGUAUCUGUGUCACAGGAUGGCGAUUGAAAGGUUGGGUGAAAGUUUGGACUUCGGAGCAGUGAGGAGGAUGUGUGAGCCUUCAGCACGUCUGGACCGUGUGCUGUUCUUAAUACUGCCACUCUAGCAGCAGGAGCAGGAGCAGGAGCAGGAGCAGGAGCAGGAACAGGAGCAGGAGCAGGAGCGGGAGCAGCAGCAGUGUUUCCAACGACAUAAUAGUCUGAGUUACGGCAACAAAGGGACAAACGGGCGGGUGGCCAUGUGGGCUUCACGCUCAGCCCCUGCCCAUUUUGCCUCCUGUGCUUUCAGUUUUGCACAGGAGGAAACGGGAGUCAUCUUGUGCGGCAGCAGAAACAGGAACAGAGCCUGUACUUCUUAUGGAGCGCAGUGGGGUUCGUCCAUGGCCACCUUCUCAAAGCAGCCUGCCACCGUGACGGCCAUCGCGGCUGCAGGAGUGGGCCAUGUUGCAUUAAUAAGCAUGAGCAGCAAUCCCCGUGGAAGUGAGAUGACGACGAUGCCAUUGUCGACAAGAUUUCAUACGGCCAAACGCCAUGCAGGCAUGCGGCGCCGCAGUUGGAAGCUGCCCUCCCCAAGAGUCGAACAUGCAUCCUGUUGGAAGCUGCCCUCCCAGCCUGACCGACUUGCUGCCACAGCACGGAAGCAGUUACUCUCUCUCCCAUCUCCCAGUGGUAACGCCCAUGAUCUCAACCAUAGCACUCGACAAAGGUCGAAGGCACCUUCACCUUGUGCCUAUUUCCAACAGCCCUUGAGAGAUGAUAAGGCAGGCACCGCCUUGCUGGCAGUACAGUCGGUCACAGUGAGACUGUCAAUGUUCCACGUGGGAGUGCCACACUGGUAUGCCAGAGGGCCUGUCUUUGGAAGAAGCCUCAUUACACAAGUUAUGAUGUCUUCACUACUACCCGGGGCAAAAAUAAGCACAGUUGGGGUUCGCCAUUCUGAGCUGUCUGGUUCAACAAGGAUGCCAGUGGUCCAGGUAAGGGCUGGCAGCGAGCAAGGCAGUGGAGAAGAGGGGAUGGCCUCCAGGGGGGUUGAGGAUGGUGGUACAAAUGAUUUAAUUACCCCUACCAACAAUACCCCACCCCGUUCCCCCUCCACUACAACACCCUUGUUAUCGGAAUCUCAGCCAAGGUCCUUUUUUCGACGCAGUACCUUUUGGGUCCAAGUCGCACUAGUAAUCACAGCCCUUGGUUUCGUGGAUGCUGGCUACAGUGGCGACUGGUCACGCAUUGGCGCAGUGUCACUGGAGACGGAACAAAGCCUGCGCUCUGCUGCAUUUUUUGUGGUUCCAGCAAUUUUGGGUAUUGUUGCCGCUCUGGGGAGAGGGGACUAGCUCCUCCGCACUCCCACCGCUCCUCUGCGGCCUGCACCGCUCCCCAAUCCCGCGCAUCUAUGACCUGUUUUUGUACCCCCUCCCCACUCCCACGGCUCAUCUAUGGCUUUAAAUACCCCUCCCCACUUCCACUGCUACUCUGCGGCCUGCACUUUUUUCCCACUCCCACUUGUUCUCUGUGGCCUGCACCCCUCCCCACUCCCACUUGUCCUCUCUGUGGCCUGCACCCCCCCACACACCUCCCACUGCUCAUCUAUGGCCUGCACCCCUCCCCACUCCCACCGCUCCUCUGCGGCCUGCACCCCUCUCCAGCCCCACCGCUCUUUUUGCACCCCUCCCCACUUCCACCGUUCAUCUAUGGCCUGCACCCCUCCCCACUUCCACCACGCCUCCUCUGCGGCCUGCACCCUGGCCUGCACCGGCAAACAGAAUGCGUACAAGAAAUGUUCUCUGCAAUGUAGUCUUCCGUGUUUUAUUCUUUCCUUGCUGAAAUCCAGCCGUUCUGCCCUUGUAUUACUCUAUGUGUGUGUUUUCUGUAUUCGCUAAACGCAACUC